GUCGUGGGCUACCAGGUCCGCUUCGACGACUGCAGCUCCGAGGAUACUGCAAUCAAGUACAUGACUGAUGGCUGCUUGUUGAGACAAAUAUUGGCAGAUCCUCUCCUCAACAAAUACAGCAUCAUCAUUUUGGAUGAAGCCCACGAGCGGAGCCUCAGCACAGAUAUUUUAUUUGGUUUGUUGAAGAAACUAUUCCUAGAGAAGAAACCACUGGGCAGGAAGCAAGACAUGAAACUGGUGGUGAUGUCAGCUACCCUGGAGGUAGACAAGCUCUCAGAGUUCUUUGGACACUGUUCAGUGCUGCAUAUUCCAGGAAGAAAUUAUCCAGUCCAGGAGAUAUUUUGCAACCUGAUUGGCCCAAGAAAUACAGGAACCUCUGCAUAUGUUACAGAGGCUAUAAAAGUGACAUUGAAUAUACACUUAAAUGAACCAAGAGGGGACAUCUUGGUUUUUCUGACAGGUCAAAUUGAGAUAGAGAAAGCUUGUGACUUACUCUUCCAGAAAGCAGAAUCUAUAGAUUACCGGUAUGAAGUACAAGAUUCUUCUGUUGAAGGCCUGCUUAUCUUGCCGCUGUAUGGGUCUAUGUCAACAGAUCAACAGAAAAGAAUAUUUCUGCCAGCUCCUACAGGCAUUAGAAAGUGUGUGGUAUCGACAAACAUUGCUGCAACUUCUCUGACAAUUGAAGGAGUCAGAUACGUGGUAGAUAGUGGAUUUGUGAAGCAGCUGAAUCAUAACCCCCGAGUUGGCUUGGACAUACUGGAAGUGGUUCCCAUUUCAAAGAGCGAAGCAACGCAGCGCACUGGCAGAGCAGGCAGGACAUCAUCUGGAAAAAGCUAUCGGCUCUACAGCCAGGAGUUCUGGGAGCAGUGUAUGCCCGACCACACGGUGCCCGAGAUCAAGAGAACCAGCCUGACGGCCGUGAUCCUGACCUUGAAGUGUCUGUCUGUGCACGAUGUCAUCAGAUUUCCCUAUUUGGACUGCCCUGAGGAGAGACUUAUUUUAGAAGCUCUCAAGCAACUUUACCAGUGUGAUGCUAUUGACAGGAGAGGCCACGUGACAAGACUGGGCGAAUUCCUGGUGCAGUUUCCUCUCCCUCCCAACCUGACCUGUGCCAUCAUAAAAGCUGCUUCUUUUGACUGCGAAGAUCUACUGCUUCCCAUAGCAGCCAUGCUUUCUGUGGAAAAUGUAUUCAUUCGGCCAGGUAGGAAGUCCCCUAACUCAAAGCAGUCUCAGGUAGUUUGGGAAUUCUCCUUAGACUGGGGCAUCCCAGGCAGUGAUAACUGA